UUGUCAAAGAUGCAGCGUGAAAGAUCAAGCUUGCAAGAUCAGCUACGUGACUAUGAAGAUCGAAUUAAUGCUAUGACUUCUCACUUCAAGAAUGUUAAGCAAGAGUUUUCAUUUACACAGUCUCUUUACAAAGCAAGGGAGCAUGAGAUUGAAAGUGAAGAACAUUUUAAGGCCAUUGCUGAAAGAGAAUUGGGACGAGUGAAGGAUGAAAUCCAACGAUUGGAAAAUGAGAUGGCCUCAAUACAGGAAAGGAAAAGUGAUAAGGAAAAUGGCAUAUUUAAAGCUACUCAAAAAUUGGAUGGUUUGAAAUGUCAAAUGAACUGGGAUCAGCAAGCAUUGGAAGCCUGGUUAGAAGAAUCAGCUCAUAAAGAUAGUGAUGCCCUCACUCUUCAGAAAUAUGCACAACAAGAUGAUAAUAAAAUUAGGGCACUGACCCUGCAAUUAGAAAGACUAACUUUGGAAUGUAAUCAGAGAAGAAAAGUACUUGACCAUGAACUUACAGAGACUCUAAGUGCACAGUUGGAAUUGGAUAAAGCAGCACAAGAUUUUCGUAAGAUUCAUAAUGAAAGACAAGAACUCAUUAAACAGUGGGAGAACACAAUAGAACAGAUGCGGAAGAGGGAUCAAGACAUAGAUAACUGUGCCUUGGCAUUAGCAAGGAUAAAGCAGGAAACAAGAGAAAAAGAAAGUUUGGUUAAGGAAAAGAUCAAGUUUUUGGAAAGUGAGAUUGGGAAUAACACAGAGUAUGAGAAAAGAAUCUCUGCUGCUGAUCGUAAACUUUUAAAAUGUAGGACGGAAUAUCAGCACCACGAAACUAAUAGAAGUCAACUGAAGGAUGAGAACUAUAAAGAUACUCUGAUUGAGCCCCCGAAUGGCGAGGCACUAGGGAGUGCCGUUCACAUCACAGGUGGUGUGAAGGACUCCCCCAGAGUUGUUCAGUGCCCAACUUGCCUGCCACAGAUGGUGGUCUGCAGGGGACCUGAGGCCAAAUGCUCUUUAGUGGUCUAG